AUGGCAUUAGCAUUACAAAGAAGAGCAAACGUAAGACUACCACCAGAAGUUAACAGAAUUUUAUAUAUAAGAAAUUUGCCUUAUAAAAUCUCAGCUGAAGAAAUGUAUGAUAUAUUUGGAAAAUAUGGAGCAAUACGCCAAAUCAGAGUUGGAAAUACGCCUGAAACAAGAGGGACGGCUUUUGUUGUUUAUGAAGACAUAUUCGAUGCUAAAAAUGCAUGUGAUCAUUUAUCUGGAUUCAAUGUUUGUAAUAGAUACUUAGUUGUUUUAUACUAUAGAUCAAACAAAGCCUUCAAGGGAAUGGAUAUAGAAAAGAAACAAGAAGAAUUAGACACAUUAAAGAAAAAAUAUGGUAUUUCAACUGAAGAACUUCGUAAA